GCCGGAACUGGUCUUGCGAGAUGGAAGCUGCGGGGCGGGGCCAGACGGAGCCUGGACGGACCCCGAGGAAGAUCCACCCGCGGUCCUGGCGCGCCUCUAGGAGCCCGGCCGGGCUAUUGCGAGAGCCCCGGGAGGUUGAAGCCUAAGCAUGGGGAAGAGCUGCAAGGUGGUCGUGUGUGGCCAGGCAUCUGUGGGCAAAACGUCAAUUCUGGAGCAGCUUCUAUACGGAAACCAUGUAGUGGGUUCUGAGAUGAUUGAAACUCAGGAGGACAUCUAUGUGGGCUCCAUUGAGACCGACCGGGGGGUGCGGGAGCAGGUGCGUUUCUACGACACCCGGGGGCUCCGAGAUGGGGCCGAGUUGCCCCGGCACUGCUUUUCCUGCACUGAUGGCUAUGUCCUGGUCUACAGCACGGACAGCCGAGAGUCCUUUCAGCGGGUGGAGCUGCUUAAGAAGGAGAUUGACAAAUCCAAGGACAAGAAGGAGGUCACCAUCGUGGUCCUCGGCAACAAGUGUGACCUACAGGAGCAGCGACGUGUAGACCCUGAUGUGGCUCAGCACUGGGCCAAGUCAGAGAAGGUGAAGCUGUGGGAGGUGUCAGUGGCUGACCGCCGCUCCCUGCUGGAGCCUUUCAUCUACUUGGCCAGCAAGAUGACCCAGCCCCAGAGCAAGUCGGCCUUCCCACUCAGCCGCAAGAACAAGGGCAGCGGCUCCUUGGAUGGCUGAAGAGCUGCCAGCCCUGGAAGAUGGGCUGAGAGGAAAGGGGGGGUGAGGCAAGCUGUCCUCAGUCUUGGGGGGAGCCCCCCACUCGGCCAGGCAGCUGGGCUGUCCCAGGCUCAAGUCACUUUUCCCUCUCAACCCCAGGAAGUGCAAAUAGUCUAGGUUAGCGCCCUGCACCCCCCACCAAGCUCCCAUCAUAGCUGCCCUGCUGUGAUGGGGGCGAUUGUGGGUCACUGUCCCUGCCACCUGCCCUGGACAGGAAGCAGAGCUACUAUGCAGGGGUGCCCAGUCGAGGGUCUUGUUCCUGUCACAGGGCUCCCACACCUCUGGGAGCCAGUCUCACACACACAUACACACUCACUCACUCACACACUCAGUCACCAGCCUGGACUCUAGAGGAAGGGCAUCAGGUAUCCUGUGUGUGCGCGUGUAGAUGUGCACAUGUGCACGUGUGUGCGUGCUGGCGUUGGGGCCGCCUCCUCACCCAACACCGUGACCUCUCUCCCAUCCUGUCCUUGGCCUGAAGAAGCUGGCCUCCUGGGAAGUGUGAUUUUCUGUUUGAACUCUUCCCCUAGUUGUUUUGCUUCCUCUUCCUGCUCAGAGAGCAUUUCAUUGGUUGAGGCGGAAUAGGAUGAUGACUGGGCUGGGAGUCACCAGCUGGCUUUGUGACACUGUGAGGCCUUGCCCCUCUCGGGGCUUCAGUUUUCUCAUCUGUCAGGCGACAGCAGUUGCUUAGAUGACCUACAUCCUCUCCAGCCCUGUGGUUGUAUAAUGCCCACAGUCGGGCGCUGCAACUGUACCCUUAGCUUCUCCCUCUUCAAGGUGCUACACCUCCAGCCCUGGAGGCUGGGACACUGCUCUCCCUCAACCACCAGGGGGCAGGAGUGCACUCCCCGCCCUCGUUGCCAGAGUGACCGGCUGCCCAGUGCCCCAUCAGCAGACCUCACAGCCCCGGGGACUGGUCUUCACCCCUUCCUGUGGUUGUUUUCAGCGGAUAGCUGGACUUCUAUUUAUAAAUUACCUGUUUAUAUGCCUGCUGCCAUAGUGAAGGCUGGACAAGGUGCUCUUCCAGCCCUUCCUUCUUACCUCAGAUGCCUGAACAGAACAAGGCAAAACAGUAGCGGCUUCUCAGGAGCUGACAGAUGUGUCUGGGUUCAGAAGGGUGGUUACACUUUCAACACGCUAUCAGGUGAGCUUGUAACCCACAACUUCCUGUGCCCACUUCAUGCUUCUAAUGUGCACACCUAGCAUAGGUGAGACACUAUACCCAGGUGCCCUCUAGCACAUGCCCCUUCUCCCUGAGACAGGAGAGGUGAGCAGGGGCAGGUGGUCCAGGCUGGGCAAGCUGAGUUAGGGCACAUACACAGGCUUGGGCUUAAAUUCAUUUAUUGAUGCGUUGGACACAAUAAAACCACAACUGUUAUCAAAAAGUA